CCCUUCUCCGACCUCCAACGAUAUAAACCGAGCCUCCCUCCCUCCGCCUCCAUCGCGCACAAAUCGAACGCCGAAAAUCACCAGCACGAGCGAGCUCGAUCCGUUCCAUCGGAGAUAAUGGCAGCCGCCGCCGCCUCGCGCGCCGUCCUCCCCGGCCAUCGCGCCGCCGCGGCGGUGCGGGUUAGCGCGGGGGCGCGGGCGGCGGUCACGCUUCCGCGGCGGCGCCUCCGUGCGCGGUGCGCGGUGAUCUCGUCGUCGUCCGCGGCGGCGGUGGCGGCGUCGGAGCCGGCGGGGAGGAUACUGGGGUCCGGGACGGACGGGGCGCUCUGGCCGAAGCCGGCGGUGCUGGUGGCGGAGAAGCUGAGCGAGGCCGGGCUGGCGGUGCUGCGGCGGUUCGCGGACGUGGAGUGCGCGUACGGCAUGUCCCCCGCGGAGCUGCUCGCCAAGGUGGCGCAGUUCGACGCGCUCAUCGUGCGGAGCGGGACCAAGGUGACGAGGGAGGUGCUGGAGGCCGGCCGCGGGCGGCUGCGCGUGGUGGGCCGCGCCGGCGUCGGGAUCGACAACGUCGACCUCCAGGCCGCCACCGAGGCCGGCUGCCUCGUCGUGAACGCCCCCACCGCCAACACCGUCGCCGCCGCCGAGCACGGCAUCGCGCUCCUCGCCUCCAUGGCGCGCAACGUCUCCCAGGCGGACGCCGCGCUCAAGGCCGGUAAAUGGCAAAGAACCAAGUAUGUCGGGGUUUCCCUGGUCGGGAAGACACUUGCAGUCAUGGGCUUCGGCAAGGUUGGUUCAGAGGUAGCCAGGCGAGCGAAAGGGCUCGGUAUGCAUGUGAUUGCUCAUGAUCCGUACGCCCCCGCCGACAGAGCUCGUGCCAUUGGAGCUGAACUGGUCUCUUUCGACGAGGCCAUUGCCAGGGCGGACUUCAUCUCCCUUCACAUGCCACUCACCCCAGCUACAUCCAAGGUCUUCAACGACGAAUCCUUCGCUAAGAUGAAGAACGGAGUUCGGAUCAUCAAUGUGGCCAGGGGUGGAGUUAUCGACGAAGAUGCUCUUGUCCGAGCCCUUGACUCCGGCAAAGUUGCUCAGGCGGCUCUUGAUGUCUUCACAGAGGAGCCCCCAGCGAAGGACAGCAAGCUGGUGCUCCAUGAGAAUGUCACUGUUACACCCCAUCUUGGAGCAAGUACAGUGGAGGCCCAGGAAGGAGUCGCUAUCGAGAUAGCCGAAGCUGUCGCCGGUGCACUGAGAGGUGAACUCGCAGCAACAGCCGUGAAUGCUCCCAUGGUUCCAGCUGAGGUCAUGUCAGAGCUUGCCCCCUAUGUUUCACUGGCAGAGAAGCUGGGCAGGCUGGCGGUGCAGCUCGUCACCGGCGAUAGCGGCGGCAUCAAGGGCGUCAAGGUGGUGUACACCUCAGCCCGUGGCCCCGACGACCUCGACACGAGGCUCCUCCGCGCCAUGGUGACCAAGGGCAUCGUGGAGCCCGUGUCGAGCACGUUCGUCAACCUGGUGAACGCCGACUACACGGCGAAGCAGCGCGGCCUGCGCAUCACCGAGGAGCGGGUCUCCCACGAGAGCCCCGCCGCGGAGGCGCCGCUGGAGUCCAUCCAGGUGAGGCUCUCCCACGUCCAGUCCAAGUUCGCCGGCGCCAUCGGCGACGGUGGGGACAUCGUCCUCGAGGGCAGGGUCAAGUACGGCGUGCCGCACCUCACCCUCGUCGGGCCCUACGAGGUGGACGUCAGCCUGGAGGGCAACCUCAUCCUCUGCCGGCAGGUCGACCAGCCCGGCAUGAUCGGCAAGGUCGGCAAGAUCCUCGGCGAGAGGAACGUCAACAUCAGCUUCAUGAGCGUCGGCCGGACCUUCCGCGGCAAGCAGGCCAUCAUGGCCAUCGGCGUCGACGAGGAGCCCGACAAGGACACUCUCGAGAACAUCGGCCACAUCCCGGCGAUCGAGGAGUUCGUCUUCCUCGAGCUAUGAUGAACACCAGCAGCAGCAACUCGUCGGAAUUCGUAGGAUGAGCUUAAGCUAAGUAGCACGUAAUUUGGGCCAAGUGGCCACAGGUGGCAAGUGACGCGAUCCCAGUGGUCUGGUUGGGACUUCUGCAUUGCUCUUCUUUUUUUUCCUGUCACGAGUAUAUAUGUGAAGGGUGCCUUAGCUUGGCCCCUGUUUAAAUAAGCAGUUUAAGCACGAUAUAUGUCUAUAUGUAUGUGUAUAUUCGAUGUUGUAACUUUGUAUUACUGUCGCGUAAUGCUUGUGCUGUAUCAGACAUAUAUUGUACUGCUUGAUGCUAUAAAAGAAAUAGUCGCUAGUACUAA